AUGUACGGAUUUGAAACCAACAAACAUACGAGAGAUAUUUGCGCGGGGGCGGCAAGGGCCGGCCCAAACACCACCGACAGGGACCACGGUGAUCCGCCUGCACCCGAACCGGCCGGAGCGCUACCGGGGACGCCGAAGCCACCAGAGCACCUCACCCCGCAAUGGUGGAGACCUCGAUGGAAAGUCACCUGUGAUCAAAUACUGGAGGACAGGAUACCCUGGAAGCCUGGAAAAGGCCAGGCAAAGGACACAACGGGGCAACAACAGAUCGUUUAUGACCUAUACAACGAUGUAGAGGACAUCGUAGAAGUACUCGCGGGCCCUAUCACAAAACGCAUCGUCCCCUCAAACGUUAAACCCCCCAAGAAACAGAAAAUCGGGGCCGAUAAGACCACAACCCACGAACAGUACUACACGGUUCGCUGGAAAGACACUAUCACCCCGAUAUCUAUCGUCGGCGCAUACACCAGCAUGGGAUACGUGCCCAGACAGCUAUUACCAGUGACAGGUCUUUACGGCACGCGGAUCGACCACCACUUCCGCAGAGCGAUAUGGGAACCGUCAGAUAUCCCCGCCGCGCAACUCGCGCAGUCGGUAACCAUGUUCCCUUUCCUCGGCUUAGAGGUCGCCCUAGUGGCAAUGUUCGCGGGCAUCGUUAUGAUGCCAGCUAAACGUAGAGUCGGUGACCAAGUGGUAGAGCUACAGAAGGUGCAUGCAGACUUGCACGCGCAGUUGACCGCCAUCGAACAAGCCGAUGACUACCAGAAGGCCGCCUCCUUGCUGGCCUCUGACCCUCUAGCAUGUUUAAACAAGAAGAAAUUUUCUACCGUGAUGGGCCACGCCUGGGAUACCUACGUCUCCUUGAAGAGUCAAAUGGCGAGUGUCAGCGCGCACAUUGCUCAACUGGAGAUGACCAUGGAGCAGCCAGCUAUGAAGGUUCUCGUCUCCGACAAGUCUGGUCGCGUCGUGGAGCGCCCAUUUAAGGACCUGGACUACGUCAACGAUGGCUGGGUCAACAAGUCGGGCAAGGAGCACAAGGCGCUCAAGCGGGAGAACCGGGAGCUGAACCAAGUUUACCAUGCCCUUCAGAAGGUCAACCGCAACCUGGAGGAUGAACGUGAGGCGCGCCGCGAUGAGGCCCCACCGGAGCAGAUUGAGGAGUUGGAGAAGGCAACUAACGACGCCAUCACCGAGGGUGAGAACUUGCUCACGGACCUGAACACGCGGCUGCGUAAGGCUAUGUUGGUGGGUUGGGAAACCGUUGAGUCGUUGGACCUCCCUGACUGCUGCAAGUCCGAGGAGGAGCGUAGCAAGCUGUUGUCCGCGCACAAGCGUGUUGUUGCUGAGAAGGAGUGUGAGCGCAGGGGUAACAAGCCCUCGGCGCAGAAGCCGUUCGGUGCAGGUUUCCGUCAGCGCCAGUUCAUGGCGCCCUCGCCCGGCUUCGGCCAGGCCCAGGUCGGGUUCGGGUCCGUGCAGGGCGCAAUGCUACCGCACCAGGCGCUGCCCUUCACACCGGGGCUGCAGUUUGGGGGCAUGGCCCCAAUGAGUCAGGGUGGCGGCAAGCCGCCGCGGGCCCCGAAGCCGACGGAUCAGUGCCAUAGGUGCAAGCAGUUUGGACACUUUGCGAACAUGUGCUCGAACCCACCCGCGCCACGCUCGUGGACCAAGCAGUGGGUGCAGCAGGGGUUUCCGUUGUGGUGGAAACAGGCAGGCAUCACACCGCCGCCGAGGGUCAUGCGAAAUCACCAAGGGGCGCUGGAGCAGCGGGCCUUUGUUACCGAAUCCGUCUCAGCACUUCUGGCAGCAGGAGCUGUGCGGCAGGUGGCGGGUGUGGGCGACGCCUUUGCCGCGUCCUUCUGGGAGCGAGCAGGGAGGCUGGUCGUGCCAAGCCAUCUCGGGCUACUGGCGGAGAGUCAAGCAUUUGCCGCGUCAUCGCGGGCGGCCUCCACGAAGAAGGUGUACGUGUAUCCGUGGGAAGGUUUUAAGUCGUGGUGCCGUGCGGGCGGCUACUGCUACCUACCGGCAAGCCCGGUCAUGGUGGGGAUGUACUUAACGUCGGUGGCUAAGACGGCGUCAAGUUACGCGACCGUUAAGCUGGCGAGUGCUGCGAUUUUCAUGCAGCAUGACUUGGCGUGUGAGGGGGCGAACCCGACGAAGCAUCCCUUUUGCAAGGCUGUGCGCGCGGCAGCGAAACGCUCGCUCGGGACGGCUGUGCUGAAUCGUCCCUUCGCACCCCAACCGGCGAUUAUUGAAGUUUCGGUAACCAGGCUCGCCUCCUCCCACGGAAGCAAGCACACUCUUCUGCUCGCAGGUACCCAAGCUCGACUCAUGUCUAUAAGCGGUACCCAAGCUCGACUCACGUCUAUAAGCGGCCCUUUUGGCAGCCGCAAUUCGGCGGUCGCUGCCGCUGCCGGAACGGGCCUCCGCGGCGGCGGCGGUGGCAGUGCCGCUGCCGCCGCCGCCGCCGCCCUUCCGGUGCCGCUGGCCUCCCUUGAGUCCCUGGAGCUCCUUGCCUUUCUGUCCUCGGGUCUGCCGCAGGGUUUGUCAAUCGGCUCCGACCUGGCCAAUCAUCUGGCGCUAUUGUCAUCCCCGGGAGCCGGCGGCGCGGAAGUGCUCAACGUGGCAGCCAUCAUUGAGCGCAUAGUCCAGCUGCUCACCAACGUGCACAGCCACUUCUCGCGCAGCUCGAAGCGCAUAACUGCGCUCAAGCGGGUGGCGUCAGAGGCUGGCACUCGCGGCAACCGCAUGCUGAAGAACGUGGAGCCAAGGUGGAUCAGCAUCUAUCGGCCGCUAUGCCGUGUGCUCGAUGAGAGCGCUGCGCUGACGGCUUAUUUCGACCCGGAGCUGGCAUUGUUAUCGGCGGCACUGGCGAUGCGGGGAGUAGCGGCAAUGGUGACGGCGGUGGCCAUGGCGCGGAGAGAAGGGUCUCAGCCAACUUUGAGUAUGGGACUGGGUUCACUGGUCAGAGCGGACUCUGCUGCCUUCAAGCCGGACGUCCCUGAGGCGGUGUCCCUAUCCGAGAUCCACGCCACUCCCUUCACGACGGGGCUACCCAAGGAGCUGCUGGCGGCCAUUGCGGCUCAGGCGGCUGGCGGAGGCAGCGGGGGGGUCGCGGCGGUUGGCAGCGGCGGCAGCGGGAGUGGAGGAGGGAGCCAGCGCCACGGUCAUGCAGUUGGCGAGGAUGGUCGGGCCGCAGGUGGUGGAGGCGGGCGGCCCGGUUGCGAGGCUGUGGUGGAGGCCGUUGAGGCGGCUGGGGGGGAAGGCGGUGAUGAAGGAGGGGGGAGGAGAGGAAGAGGGGGUGCGAGGGUGCAGGACGCGGCGGGUGGUGGCGUCGCACCCGAUGAGACCGGAAGUCGUGGAAGCCAUGGCGGCAGUGGUGGCGCCGCCACCGCCGUCAACGCAAUGCGUCCCCCUGGCGGCGGCGGCGGCGGUGGCGAAGGGUCGAGGGCUCUGCGGAUGCGCGGCAGCUCCGGCAGCGACCGCUCCGGCGCCAGUGGCAGCAGCCUUCGAGCCGAGGGCCCAGCACUGCAUCGUUGCAGAGGAGGCGGAGGCGGAGGCGGCUCUGCCGCUGCCGCCACUGAUACCGCUGUAGGGCCUUUCGGUGGCCGCAACGGUAUCGCCGUCGCCGCCUCUGCCGCAGACGCCGGUGCUGCUGGCACAGGCCCUUUUGGCAGCCGCAAUUCGGCGGUCGCUGCCGCUGCCGGAACGGGCCUCCGCGGCGGCGGCGGUGGCAGUGCCGCUGCCGCCGCCGCCGCCGCCCUUCCGGUGCCGCUGGCCUCCCUUGAGUCCCUGGAGCUCCUUGCCUUUCUGUCCUCGGGUCUGCCGCAGGGUUUGUCAAUCGGCUCCGACCUGGCCAAUCAUCUGGCGCUAUUGUCAUCCCCGGGAGCCGGCGGCGGUGGAGCUGCAGGGAACCGGAAGAGCGCCACGAUCGGUAUCGACGCCGGCAGCGGAAGUGGAAACUGGGCUAGGGAAGGAGGGGCCAGCCGGGGUGCCGCAGCCACGGCGACAGCGGUGGUGGUGCCAGGUGGCGAGCCAGCUGCCGCCGCCGCGGCACCGCAGUCGCCCUCGGGUGCUCACUCGCCUUCGAAUGGCAUGGCAUCGCUGCUGGCGGCGGUGGCGGCGGCGGCAGACGAGGAGCAGCAGCAGAAGUACCCACAUCAGCGGCACCACCCAUUCCACCAACUUCAGUACCAAAAGCAGAAACAGCACCAUCAGCACGAACAUCAUCACCAACAGCAAUACCACAACGGACAGGAUUCCGUACCGUUGCAUCCGCACGGCGCGCCGGCGCCGCAGGUGGCCGCGGCGGCGGUGACGACCGUGACGACAGGGCACGGGGCGCGGGGGCAGCAAUCAACGGGCCGCGGCCACGGCGGCCGCGGCAGCAAUAGUGCCUUCUCGGGCCGUGCGCUAGGAAGCUUCGAGCUAGCGGCGGCGUUGCGGGGGCCUGACGCCGCCAACGCCGGCGGUGACGGCUUUUACCCCGGAGGAAACCUCCCCUUCCCACUAACGACUAACAACCUUAACCACCACCAUGCUUACCGCCUCAGCAACGGUGGCGGUGGCAGUGGUAGUUACGACGGGGGCAUGUUGGGGGAUUGGGGCAUAAAUCUUCCCAUCUCUGCUCUGACCAACCUGGGCCAUACUGCGUCAGGCGCCGAUAUCGCGGCGGAGGGCGGUGCUGACGGCGUCGGCGUCAGCGUUGGCUCCUUGUUGUCCGCCGCGGCGGCGGCGGCUGCCGCCGCCGGUGGCGGCGGCAGCACAUACCACCGCCGCGCCGAGCCACUGUUGCGGGCGCCGUCGCUCGCCGACGCAGUCAACGGCGGCGGCGGCGACGACGGCGGCGCCACCUGGCCUCAAGCUCUGUCUGCUGCCUGGCCGACGGGAGCAUUAAGCUCCUUCCCAGGACGCGCUGGCGGCGGCGGCGGCGGUUGUCGCCAUUGA